AUGCAUAUCUCGUCUUUGGUCUCUGCCUCUGCUGCUCUUUCGGUUGGCGCCUCAGCACGCAGCUUCCUCUAUGUCGAGAACGCUCCUGACCAUGUUCGCCCCUAUGUUAUUGAGAGAUACGCCAAUGCUCAGGCCGUCGCUGUUGGCCAGCAGAUCUACAGAUUCCCUGUUACUGGUGCAUCUUCCGGUGGUGCCUUUUCCAUCCUCAUGACCAACUCUCCAGCAUCAGAUGCCCUGGGAGUCCUCCCUCACAUCCACCAAACCCACUACGAGAACUUCUUCUGCAGCAAGGGUCGCUUCCAGCUUUGGACGGAUAAAUUUGGCGAUGAGGAGGCUAGAGUCAUGUUACCUGGUGACUAUGGCGCUGUGCCUAGAAACACCACACACACCUUCCAGGUCCUGGACCCUGAUACCGAGAUGCUCGGUGUUAUCCAACCUGGUGGCUUCGAGGCCUUGUUCUUCGCUAUCGCAGACUCCAACUACACUUCUUCAACCUCAUCACCUUAUGUCCCCAGCUCGAGCUCUGGAUCCACCGAUGCAGGUGCCGGCUCCUCUGCCUCUAUGAUCUCCGCCCUCGAGUCUUUUGACGUAUACGCCCAACUGGACUUCAACCCCCGCCGUGACUUGAUCGACGGCAGCGCACCCGCCAACGCAACAUGGCACACCGGCAANAACCUCGUUCCCUCUAACUCCGUAACACCUUUCUACAUUGCCAAAAACCAAGGACCUAUGUACCUCAACAGCGAACACGGCUACCAAAUCAUUGCCCCCUUCAUCUCUUCCUCCAUCCAAGGUGCUGGACAGUUCUCAGAAGGCACCAUUACCAUGUCCAGACAGCUUUCCAAUACCACAGCACCUUCUCGCAGCUUUGAAGAUCAUAUGGCUUUUGAGGUUUUGGAGGGUGCAUUGAAGGUUAAGAUGCAAGGAGAAGAGGUUCAGCUNUUGCAGGGCGAUGUUGUGUUUGUGCCUGGAAACACUACUUUUGCCUAUUGGAGUGAGGUUGCGUUUACAAAGUUUUUAUAUGUUUGUGCUGGGAGUAGGGGGUUGGAUGUGGAGUUGAGAAGAAAGGCUGUUGAGUGGGAGUAUCCUACUUGGCCUUCUUAUGCUGUUUAG